AUGGUCGAGCGUAUUCCUGGUCCAGAUCCACGAGCUCUGCUACCUCCCUUGCUUGCCUGUCUUCCAGUUGGCUUCGCUUCGCCACAGCCUCCGCCGGCACUCCUACCGUUGCUCUCUCCCGUGCUUCGACAGCGUAUCCAGCUUCUCAGCUCCGUUUCCCCCUCACUCUCAGAAUCUUGGAUCCGGCUUCUAUGCUGGGACGUUGCAAAGGGAGCUGAGAUAGAGCGCAUCGUCGGAGAGGCGUCCUUUGAACCGCACCCCAUCUCUGGCGAGAUAGACAUUCCUGACGACAUUGAAACACGAUAUAAGCGCAUUGACCAUGAAACGCUACGAGCGUCUCUAUUAUUAACUGUUUACAACCUUGCUACCAUCUACGUAUGGUGCCCGAAUGAUCAAGAACCCGGUGGCUCGGGGUGGAAAGUGACAGAGGUUCUACCUCUCGACCUAUUCAAACAUGAGACUGAUUCUUGGAAGACUUCAAUUGCGGAAGCCAACGAUGAUUUCCCCAACGUAACGCUUCGUGGGAAACUGGCGGGCCGUGUAAAUCCGUCAAAUGAGCACUCGGGAUUGAGGCACGACGAGAAUGAACAAGAUGAUGACGAGUAUUGGGCUCAGUACGAUGAUAAUUUGGGUAGAACACCUGUGCGGAAGCAUUCUCCCGCCCCCGACCGUUAUCAUACUGGUGCCUUAAAAUCGAUCGACACUACUCUAGAUUCAUUAUAUUAUAGUCGCUAUGACGGAGUACAGCCCGCGCUGGACAGCGACGACCCAUCAGUGGAUCGAAAUGAGCUUGGAGACUCGAGUUUCAGCAAUGAAGCAGUUGCAAAUAUACUUCGGCAACACAUGACACGACUAGCUCGGCAGGGCGAGCAGCCGUCUACACCACCAGGAACAAUCGACCCAACGCUCGCGCUCAACCACCCACGCCCAUCAUCCGCAUCGUCGGAUGGCUCGGCAGCUGUAUUAAAACUGGAGCAAUCGGCGGAGAGCCAGUCAUUGUCGCAAGUCGGCGUGCGCGAGCACAUAUCCUGCCAGAUCACAAGCCUCUAUCGCCUAGCCAAAUGCACUGGUAUUUCUGGGGAAGAAUUUGCUGGCUUCGUGCAAAAUGAGCUAGAAUCAUUGGGCAUAGCGGACAGACCCUCCCAAUUUUGA